UGCUUGCGCUCCAGGCCCGGAAGAAAAGGACCAAGGCCAAGAAGGACAAAGCCCAGAGGAAGUCUUUAUAUAGACGAGGCUAGCCUUGAACUUGCAGUGAUCCUGCUUCAGCCUCCUGAGCGAUGCAUUACAGAGAGGCCUGUGCCACCAUGCCCGUCACUGGACUUUUUAGUUGUCUCCCGGGCCGUCAGUCCUGCCUCCUUUAAAGUAGCUGAAAUGCCAAAUUAAUUUGGUUAGAGAACUCUGUCAGAAGUUCAAGCCCCACCUGACCCAGACCUGAAACUCAGCCCCGAGGCUCUGCUCCGCACCCUGAGAGCGACCUCCCGGAGCAGGAAGAGGAGAUCCUGGGCUCCGAUGAUGAUGAGCAGGAAGACCCCAAUGAUUAUUGUAAAGGAGGCUAUCAUCUUGUGAAAAUCGGAGACCUGUUCAAUGGGAGAUACCAUGUGAUCCGAAAGUUGGGCUGGGGACACUUUUCAACAGUGUGGCUAUCGUGGGAUAUUCAGGGGAAGAAGUUUGUGGCAAUGAAAGUAGUUAAGAGUGCUGAACACUACACUGAGACAGCCCUUGACGAGAUCCGUUUGCUGAAGUCGGUUCGCAACUCAGACCCUGGUGAUCCAAGCAGAGAAAUGGUUGUUCAACUACUAGAUGACUUUAAAAUAUCAGGUGUUAAUGGAACACAUAUCUGCAUGGUGUUUGAGGUUUUGGGACAUCAUCUACUCAAGUGGAUCAUCAAGUCCAACUAUCAGGGGCUCCCCCUGCCUUGUGUCAAAAAAAUUAUUCAACAAGUGCUACAGGGUCUGGACUACUUACACACCAAGUGCCGUAUCAUCCACACUGACAUCAAGCCAGAGAACGUCUUGCUGUCGGUGAGCGAGCAGUACGUCCGCAGGCUGGCUGCGGAGGCCACCGAGUGGCAGCGGUCUGGCGCGCCUCCCCCCUCGGGGUCUGCAGUCAGCACUGCUCCCCAACCCAAGCCGGCUGACAGGAUGUCCAAGAACAAGAAGAAGAAGCUGAGGAAGAAGCAGCGGCGCCAGGCGGAGCUGCUGGAGAAGCGCGUGCGCGAGGCGGCAGCCGAGGCGGCGGCGGAGGCGGAGGCCGGCCCAGGGCCGAAGAGGCCUGGCGAGCAAGAAGAGUCUGCAAGUCCUGCCGAGAGACCCCUGAGAGAGAACUCGCCUAAUAAAAUCACCCCGGAAAAUCCUGAAGAGCCAAGUGCCCUUGAUCAAGAUCAAACACUUACAGACCAUGGUGUGGAGGGCAACACAGCCGAAAUCAACUGCAAUGGCGUAGUAAUCGAAAUCAGUAAUUAUCCUGAGGAUGGUCAUGAAGAGACGCAGAGGCUUAAAGAGGAUCUGCAUAACGCUAAUGACUGUGACGGCCACAGUGUUCUGAAGCAGGAACCCAGUUUCCCAGACUCUCAGAAUAGAGACAGCAGCACGUCCCAAGAAACAGACUCUGGUGCACCUGUGACCCAGGAGGUGGCAGAUGUCAUGCUGUGCGGCUCUUCCUCCCCUGUAGAGCGGCCACUCAGUGACCAAGACAUCCGCCAGCUGCACGCGAGCAUUCGGGGAGAGGCGCCUGGUGACGACGAGCAAGAGCAGGGGCAGAACGGGCCGCUGGACAGCAAAGGAAAAUUCACUGCUGGAAAUUUUCUUAUUAAUCCCCUUGAGCCAAAAAAUGCAGAAAAACUGAAAGUGAAGAUUGCUGAUCUUGGAAAUGCCUGUUGGGUGCAUAAGCAUUUUACCGAAGAUAUCCAAACAAGGCAGUAUCGCUCUCUGGAAGUUUUGAUAGGAUCGGGCUAUAACACUCCAGCCGACAUUUGGAGCACCGCAUGCAUGGCCUUUGAGCUAGCCACCGGUGACUAUUUGUUUGAGCCUCAUUCCGGGGAAGAGUACACACGAGAUGAAGAUCACAUUGCAUUGAUCAUAGAACUUCUUGGAAAGGUGCCUCGCAAGCUCAUUUUGGCAGGAAAAUAUUCCAAGGAAUUUUUCACCAAAAAAGGUGACCUGAAACACAUCACCAAGCUGAAACCUUGGGGCCUUUUUGAGGUUCUGGUAGAGAAGUACGAGUGGUCUCAGGAAGAGGCAGCCGGCUUCACCGACUUCUUGCUGCCCAUGUUGGAGCUCAUCCCCGAGAAGAGAGCCACUGCUGCCGAAUGCCUCCGGCACCCUUGGCUGAACUCCUAGGCCCGGCCCAGCGCCGCAGCAGAGAUUGCCACACCGACCCUCUCGCCCACCCCUAACUCUUUCCCCUUCCUUUUCAGGGUGAAGCUCUUUCUUCAGGGGUUUCUAUAAUUUUUUUUUUUUUUUUUCAAAUCCAACAUGUUCAUUUGGGUGUGCUUACUUGACUCUGUGGAAAUCCCCACAGCCACUGGGCAUCCAAAUGAAUUUGGCCUUGGUUGGGCUCUGCCAAAGACUAAAAAUGUGAAGCAGCCUCACCCUAUAUCCUUGCCUUUUCAUUAGGACACUAUGAGCAUCGUACUUAAGGAGAGCCAUGAAGAUAUGUGAGCCCAUCCUUUUCCUCACUGACUUUAGGUCAGAUUUUCUAGUGCAUACCCUCUUGCUGGCGUGCAGAGAGGAGAGAAGGAAGGGGCCUGUUCUGUGAACAGCAGAGACAUUAAACUCGCAUCCAGGCCGUGUCAUUGUCCUGGAAUGUUUCUGUGUUUUCUAUGCUCACAUUGUUUUUCCUUGCGACUUUUACACCCCCUUUUAAAAUAGGCUGUAAAAAAAAACCCCACCAAAUUGGGGUAUCGUUUUAUCACUGUUCAAAGCACUGGCUUAUUCCUUUCAUCCUGAUAACUAAGAUCCUGAAAGUCUUCAGUGUGAUUUUUGACAUGAAACAAUCAUUGAUUAGUAGCCUCUCGGGAGCCUCUGCUGCUCUGUAACAGUCCUUCCCCGUGUCCCCGGUCAUCCUAGAAGCCAUUAUUUUUGGGUUGGCUGUUUUAUUAAAAUUCCUAGCUAGCACAUGAGUUUACUGCCUCAUAACUAAAGAAUUGGGAUGAUUUUAGAAAGGAGGUCUGGAUUUAAUAGCUUUCCAUCUCAGGGGAAGCAUCCUGGUGUUUGGAAUCUUUCUCCAAGCAGUUCUGUUUCAUUCACAGCUUUUCUCCACCUUGCCCAACAUGAUGGCCUUGGAGCAGUUUCUCUCUGUGGCUUUGCUGGUCUUACUUUCUCAGAGGCUUGGGGUCUCUACUGAAACCCUGGACAGAAGGACCGAGCGGAGGGGUAGGGUGGCACCAUUUUCAUUGGCUUUUCCCCUGUUGGUUUCUAAGGCUAGCCAUCCUCUGCUGCUAUUUCCACGUAUAGCGUACGUUUUUUAACUGCAAUUUUAAGAUGACUGAAAUGUACUUGAGGCGUUGUUUUUUUCUUGAUAAUGCAAAAAGGCUUUGUGAAUUUGGAUGGAGGAUUGGCCUCUCAGAGGCUGGCCUGGGUGUCACAUAGUCCUCGGGUGGUGUGGAGCAUCACCAGGGCAGGCUGGGGUCACGGCUUCUCGCUUGUGCAGCAUGACAAAGCAGGGGUUGCAGCGUUCUCUGGAAGUGCCCCAAGAGGCUAACCCACAGAAAGCCAAGGAGCCAGGACCAAGGCUCCUCUCACAAGCGACCAGUGAAGCUGUUGGCUGCCCUUCUUUCUGUGUGACACUGACAUCACUCUCUCUCUGUGAUCUGUGGUCUACUCAGCAGCAGGGACAGGAAAAGUGGACUCAUGGCGCAACCCGUGUGACUCCUAGACAUGCUCUGAGGAACUGUCCAGCCAUCCCCUGGAUCCUUGAUUGGUUAUUCCCAAAACCAGACGUGCUCCUGUAGAAAGAAUUAAGUCAGACUAUCUAUGCACCUACCAGGAAUAGAGAACAGAUUGCAUCAAAAACGGCAGGGAAAUCUUUCGGCAAUUCUAAUCCACUCUGGGUUUUCAACUGUAAUUACAUCUAAAGCAAUAGCAGACAAAUAUCUUCUGUAUUAUAAAAUCACAGUUGUGGAAUUAUAGGAAUCCUGGUGAUAUUAAGGUGAAGUGACCAAAAACCAAGCCAAGAAGGCCUAUGUUAUAAUUGACGUGGCAGGAAAUUUUAAUGGGGGAGAACCUGGACCUUCGUUGUGGAAUGUUUCCCACCAAAUAGGGCUCUCCCCCUCGCUUCUGGGGCCAGCCGACUUAGGUGAGCUGAAAGAGGCGGCUGCUCCUGGCUUCCCGAUCCCUCCGAGCACGGGCAGUGCUGUCGAUGGCCACGGUCUCCCUGAGGAUUUCUAUCGCUCUUGGUUAAUAAUAAAGCCCUGAUGCGUUUUUUUAUUCUUUCUACUGAGUGCACUCUGUUUUCAGUACAAUAAACAAAUUAUUUAAUAAGCUA